AUGGAGGUUUUAGCCGUUAACGACGGGUUGCUGACAGCAGGCCAAUAUGGUUAUCUAAAGCCAACAACCCUUGACACACCGAUUGAACAGGCUCGUCAGCAAUUCAAGAAAGAAGGCUACCUCUUCAUCAAAGGAUUGAUCCCGCGUCGAGAUGUGCUCAAGGCACGGGAAGAAUACUUCAAAUUCUUGGCUCCAAGUGGUGUUUUGAAGCCUGACACGAGUCCUGUUGACGGCAUCUUCGAUCAGACUCAAGACAAGCUCGACUUUCCUGGAAUCGGAGCUGGAUCUGCGGAUGCAAAUGGCCGGCCAACUGGUCCACAUCCAGACGUUGCUUCCAAGUUUGUUGACUUGGCUCUGAAGGCUCAUACGGAGCCCUGGUAUAAAGAGGUAUUUUGCAAGCAUCCUGAUCUUCGAGCGUAUGUUUCCAGAUUGACCGGUUGGGGUGAUGACACCAUGGCGGUUCGGCGCACACUACUGAGGAACAAUACUCCAGGCAACAAAGCCAUUGGAGUGCAUUACGAUCAGAUCUUCUUGAGGCAUGGAGAAGACACUUCGGUGACAGCAUGGGUUCCGAUGGGAGAUAUUUCACGACAAGGCGGUGGAUUGAUCUACCUGGAGACCGGACACCUCCUUGGAGAAGAAAUUGAGCGAGCUUUCACUGCUAAGGCCCAAGCUAGUGGGCUAACGGAGGAAGAGACGAGGAAUGCUUUCAACCAGAACAUGAUGUCAGGUGGUCUCCUUGCCGAUGGACCGCUGGCUUUCGGAAAAGAACACAAUCGCCGAUGGCUGCUCACUGAGUACCAAGCUGGCGACGUCGUCUUUCACAACGCCUAUGCGAUUCAUGCCUCCACUAUCAACCACGAUCCUGAAGGAAGGAUUCGUCUCGGAACAGACUUGAGAUUUGUUGACAGCUCGCGACCAUGGGAUGAACGUUGGUCAAAGGAUUACAAAUUUGGCGACGGCGUCUGA